GCUCCACAAUUCCCUGUGGUGGUCAAGCUGGGACAUGCCCACGCCGGAAUGGGGAAGAUCAAAGUGGAAAACCAGCUUGACUACCAGGACAUCACCAGCGUGGUGGCUAUGGCCAAAACUUACGCCACCACGGAGGCCUUCAUCGACUCCAAGUAUGACAUCCGCAUCCAGAAAAUCGGAUCCAACUACAAGGCUUACAUGAGAACCUCCAUCUCUGGAAACUGGAAGGCCAACACAGGCUCUGCCAUGCUGGAGCAGGUGGCCAUGACAGAGAGGUACAGGCUGUGGGUGGACAGCUGCUCGGAAAUGUUCGGCGGCCUGGAUAUCUGUGCUGUCAAGGCCGUCCACAGCAAGGACGGCAGAGACUACAUCAUUGAGGUGAUGGACAGCUCAAUGCCCCUGAUUGGAGAGCACGUGGAAGAGGACAGACAGUUGAUGGCCGACCUUGUUAUCUCCAAAAUGAGCCAACUCCUGAUGCCAGGGGGUACAGUGCCCUCACCCCUGAGGCCUUGGGGACCCCAGAAUAAACCAGCAAAAUCCCCCGGGCCUCCACUCGGGCAGUCACAGCCACGCCCACCCACGCAAGGGGGCCCUCGCCAAGCUCAGUCUCCUCAGGCCCCAAGAUCUGGAAGCCCCUCUCAACAGAGGCUCUCCCCUCAAGGCCAGCAGCCCUUGAGCCCCUCGUCUGGGUCUCCCCAGCAGCAGAGAUCCCCAGGCUCUCCGCAGCUGUCCCGGGCAUCCGGUGGCAGCUCUCCAAACCAGGCCUCCAAGCCGGGCGCCACCCUCACCUCUCAGCCCAGGCCCUCUAUGCAAGGCCGCAGCACCUCCCAACAGGGCGAAGAGUCCACGAAGCCAGCCCCGCCCCACCCCCAACUCAACAAAUCCCAGUCCCUGACCAACAGCCUCAGCACAUCUGACACUUCCCAGCGCGGGACCCCAAGUGAGGACGAGGCCAAGGCCGAAACCAUCCGCAACCUGAGGAAGUCCUUCGCCAGCCUCUUCUCUGACUAGCGCCGUCAGAGCUGGGGGCGGAGGCGCCCCCACUACCCUGGCCUGUCUCCCGCCUCAACUUCCUUCUCAAAUUCAGUUCCAGGUGGGAACAGAACUGAGCGCCUGAAACACAGUCUGAAUGCCUCUGCUCCAGAAACGGCACCGCUGCGCGUCCCCCCUUCCCUGACCAUGACCUGCGGCGCCAUCUGACUCGUGGGGGCCCUGAAGACGGUGCCUGCCACUCUGCCCUUCCGUGUGCUUGCUUCCCUGCCUCAGAUAUUCCAGUGCGAUGUUGUGCGUGACCAGUUUUCUCCUUUCUUAGUCUUGUUCUGCUUGCCUCUGGUGAAGGGCCCCUGUGGGCCACGCCCCACCUCCAUCAAAUGCGGACAAAAUGUGGUCGGACCUCAGAAUACAGGAGGCAAUGACCUUUUGCGGUGUUUGUCACACUAAGAGAAGCUCCUGCCGUGGCCACUUCCAUCCAGACCGCGGGGGACACCCCACAGGCCAGGCCAACAGAGGCCCAUCACGUCUGACCACCAUGGCAAGUUAAGGACAACAUCAGAAACCAGAACUGGUGUGACGGGGGACCAGGAGAUCCUUGCAAAGCCCCCACGCCCACAGCGUGACCCUACAUUGGACUGUCAAGAACCAACCCCGGUCCUUUCAGGAUUCAUAACGAGGAAGACACCAGCUCUGGCAGCUGGCCCUCUGUACACACUCCGGAUCCCACCAGGCGCGUUUCCUCCUCCAGCCCAUAGGGGAAGCCAGAGAGAACCAGCAGAUCGCGACACCCUGCAAAGCGUGGCCUGGGUCACCCAGUUACCCGUGGUCAGAGGUGUCUAAGAAACACAGCUUUGGUUUCUUACUUUGAGCUUGGUAAUUCACCUCGCCAUGGCAGAGGCUUAAAGAAAUUAGCUUUGACUUGGUUGAACCCAAACUUCACUGACUGGACAAGUUAACUGCAGAGCUGGAUAGGUGAGCGGUUGUGAGGAGUUGACUCCCUCUGUCAACCAGUGAGCAUGGAGCCGCAGCUGGAGACCUCUGGGUCUGGCGGCAUGGACGAGGGAGGUCGGCAGUAAGCAUGAUGGGCAUGUGUGAGGGGAGGCUCGGUACUCUUCCCAGACCCCCAAACCACCUCUCUUACUCCAUCUCUGUGCCCUGCUGGACCAGUGUCUCCAGGGCGGCCCCUGCCAGAUUCCUGGGCCUUGCUUUGCCAGGGACUCCUCUUUGCCAGCUCUCACCCCCUAGCAGACUGCCUGCCGUGAUCAGUUGGGGUGCAGGGGUGACGCGAAUCACCACGCACCUGGUGCUAGACACAGUGCAGGUGCCAGGAGCUCCCCCUGAGAGCACAGGAUGUUAGGACAUCAUGGCUCCAACCCCUGACGCCCUGCUGGGUGGCUUGAGUAUGUCUCACCCUCUGCUCUCUGGGAGAGCAUGGGAGGCGAGAAUGAACGUGCGCUUGGCCUGGUGCAGCUUCUGAGGCCUGAGAGAUACGGAUCACCCGGUAGUCAGCUGACUGUGUCCAGGUCCCCGGGACAUAGCAGCUGUCGCCAUCUCUUAGGUCCUCCAGAGUCAGACGAGUGGGGUGAAGAGGCCAGAGAUGCUGUCCUAGGGCACUGGGUCACCCAGCCUCUUUGGCCUCAGAAGAACCGACCUUCAAGCUGGCCUCCCCACAGACCAUUGACUAAAGGCUGGCUCAGAUUCCAAAGUUCCAGCUUUGCACUUGGCUGUCAGAGAGUCACACCAUUAGGCCAUUAGGAUUGUCUAACUCCACCCUGCCCUGCUCCCUCCCUUGUGAGCAAAUUAGUAUAAGAGCAAGAGCACCUUUUCUCCUCUCUUCAGACCGCUGGUCUUGGACUUCACCUACAAGGCAACCUGGCAUAAGAAAGGUCAAAUGGAGUCAGUGGCCAGUGAGCAUGGAGCCGCAGCUGGAGACCUCGGGGUCUGGCGGCAUAGACGAGGGAGGUCGGCAGUGAGCAUGAUGGGCAUGUGUGAGGGGAGGCUCGGUACUCUUCCCAGACCCCCAAACCGCCUCUCUUACUCCAUCUCUGUACCCUGCUGGACCAGUGUCUCCAGGGCGGCCCCUGCCAGAUUCCUGGGUCUUGCUUUGCCAGGGACUCCUCUUCCUCCUUUUUGCUCAGUGCACAUCAUGCCAAGUAGGCUGGCCUGGGGCUGCCAGAGCAUUAAUGCUGUGCCUGGGCAGCACAGAGCACCUUGGUGCACAGUAGGUGUGCAGGCGUGUUUCAGGUUCCUAGGAAACUAUGAAGUUACUAAAAUGUGAACAGAGUGUUAAGAUUGAAGACAAAGGCUGUUGAAUCUCCACGUGCAUCAGUGUGAGGAAGCCCCUUGGCCAGGAACAAGUCAAACCAACAGCGAGGUUAGUGCAAUGAGUAAGAGGCUGAAGAGACUCCAUGGUAGUUUUUGCACUCUCUACCUGAGUCUGCAAAGGAAGAGGAGGCCUUGGGGGCGGGGCGGGUGACAGCUGCCCCUCGUGGUGAGUUGUCUGUAGGGCUGGGCUGGGGGGAAGAGGGAAACUGCCAUAGUCGUCAGCCUAUCUGAGAGGCCACAGAGGGCAGGCAGGACAUACAGAGGCAGCCCAGGGCCCCUCGCAGACCAGACACCCAGACAGACCCCGGCCGUGCCGCCUCAGAGCCCUGUCCUUCCAGCACCAGCGACAGGCCAGCUCUCUUGCUUUGUGCAGUUUCACACAACAGGCCUGCCACUGCAGGGUAUGUGAAAUGGGUCAGUGUUUACAUCCUGGCCUCGGGGGCUAGCUCCUGCAGCCCUGUAGGCAGGAGGCGCUCAGGAGCGUGGCCUCAGGGCUCUCUAUGGCAGACACCUGGAGUGUGGUGUGGGCAGAGUUAAGUGGGCACACCUGAGCCUGGAGGCCGAGGGCGUUGAGGGCGACAUCACGCAGCGACUAGAUGGGUUAUGGUGGAGCAGCUACGAAAGGAAGAGCAGCCGCUACGAGAGGAAGAGACCGUGAGGGAACGCCGGAGAGAAAGUAAGAUUUGCCAGACCCUCCCCGCCACCCUUCCCCUCCCCAGCCUCCCUGCCUUACCAGCCUGUGGGCUUGCCCUAAAGUGAUUGGUGUAGAAAGAGCAUUAAUGCUUGAAAAGCCACCCAGGGCUCCAGAGCGCUCCUUUGCCUGCCUGCUGGCACUACAGCCACUCGUUGACGUGUUUAGGAGAGAGAGGAUGCAGGCUGGCAUCAGGGGUUACGUGACCUCGGUCAGCUUUGCACGUGUGGUGGGAACAGCCCAAGGGCACUUUGCUGUGUACGGGGAGAGCAAUCACGUCGGUUACUGCCUGCAGACACGUGUCGGAAGCUGGCCGUAAGUCCGAAGUGGUCACUGAUUAAAUUCAAAGUUUUAGUCUAAUAUUUAGGCUCUAACUGUAUGGCUUGGGCUGGAGGCAAAUCGGAAGGCCAGGCGCCAGGCAAGUCCAAUCGGCCCAUUAACCACGCGGGAUGCGUGAAGGGCACAGAGGCUUCCGUGUUGCCAUAGACACGACACGCAGCUGAAGCAGAUGAGAUUGGACACUUGGGCGGUGCAUUCAGAGCGCUCUGGACGGGCAGGCACGAUGAAGGUAGCCUGCGAGUGCUCUCAAAUACUAGACAUUUCUUAUACAAUGUGUGCGGGUUCUUUACAAUCUUAACUGCCUUUCCUACUGUUUAUUCUGAUGAUCACUUCAUUUCAGUUUCCAAAUUCUGCAUUUUAAGUAUUUUCUCUCUAUGGUCUUGCAUUGAUAGAGCAAGAGCAAACAUUUCUUUGCUGCUCUGAACAUUUCCUCUGCCAUAGUAGAAACUUCAGUGUUAGACCACUGGGGAACCCCAAGAGAUGUUAGCCAUGAUUAAACCAUUAUGUGACUUACUUAGUACUUCCCAGGAGUCUUAUCGGCUCCUGGAGAGUAUGUAAGGGUGUUAAGCAGGUUGACAGCCCCGCAGAGCACUGGGGUCUGAGGUUGUGUAUUCCCAGGCAACUGUACAGGUUUGGAGCCUUACCUGGGGCUGGGCCCCAGGGAAGGGCAGCAGAGGGAGUGUCAGGACAAAAGCACUAUCAGGCUAAGUAGUGAUCUCCGGAAUUAGUCAGCCAGAGGUGAGAAAGGAUAGUAUUCAACUGCUUUUACCAGAUCACAAAACUUUAAGUUGGAAAGAGAGGCUGUCUCCUGUGGUUUGAUUUGCAACAGGCACACUAACCCCAAAACCAACUGAAAGGGGAAGUAAGGGAACACGGAAGUUGUUAACAAGCCAGUGGUACAGAACAUUAUGCAACAAUGCUUCCAGGCACUCAGCCACCUUGCCUCGGUCACGGUAGAUCCAGGCUGUCGGAGCCAGUGGCCAGCUGCCGCCCACCGUGAUUCGUUCUCAUCACACACCAGCAAUAGAUAUCGCUCCAGUAUCAGUGUCAUGAAACGAAUAGAGGAUUUUAUAAGCUUCUAACUAUAAAUUGGCUAUUCAAGAGGAAAAGCUCGGAGGGCUGUUCUAGGAAUGCAGAAAGAACCGUUGUGAGGACUGCCGACCCAGGGGUUGGCACCCCGCCGAUGUCCUGAACCACGCGGUCUGGUAACUGGCAGAGAGCCGAGGUCCAGCGGGAAAGCCCCUGCGUGACACCAGCACCGCUGCGGACCCCAGUGCCCUUCGGGAAGGACUAGAUUUUGGAAGCGUAUUUAUGGUAUUCGGUGCUUCUCGUUAUCACUGUGUCCUCCACCCCCGCCACACACCCUCACCUGGUGCCACCCAAGAUUCUAAGGCCACAUGGAGGCGUGUUGGAGAGCUGGGAUGUCUCAGAACCCAUCAAAGCUUCAGGGUGGCUCCGUCAGCCCAGCCCCAAUAGAAGUCAUAGGGCAUCUAGUGAACACUUUUCCAAAGCUGUCCUAUUGCUCCGUUAUUACAGAACACCCCAGAAGCAAGUGUCAACAGCCCCAAUCCUUUACUUGUACAUUAAGCUACUAAAGGCGACAUGGCUCUGGAAAAAAUCACAUUAUUGAUGAAUUUUCUUCACUGUGAUGGAAAAAAAAAUGUGUAGCAAAAAAGAAAAAUUUUCACAUGUACGUAGGAUGCAAAAUAUUCUUGCAGCAUAUAACAUUCCAAGCCAUUUCCUUAUAUGCAAACAGAUUUUUAAGAAGCAGGAAGACAUUGGCAAUAUUCCUCAAUAUUUUCUGCAAAUACUUAUAGCAUUUUAUUCCCGUGUUGUGAUUUGGAUUUUAAUUUGUCACUAGAGCAUGUUUCUACAGUUGUUUGUAUGAGGUAUCUGUGUUUGGCCUUUUUCUUGUAGGAAAAAUAAAUCUUGAUUUUUGGGCAUUUUCGGCCUUCAAAGCAAAUGUUCUUCAAAUAAUAAGAGGUUAUCUUUGAAGAACAAGUGUUUGACCAGCAUGCAAAGCAGACCAUGGUUAAAAGAUGCCAUCUACUCAGAUUACGAAUUAGGCAUCAAGGGUUCAAAACACAAGGAGAAGCAAUGACCUCCUCUCCAGAAGCAGCAGAAACAAGUGCUCUGUAACCUCAGACAGGGCUGCUUCAGAACCUGGCAGGUUCCACCAUCGCGCAUGAGAAAGCCGCAGAGGCUGGUUCAACCCUACUCACUCUGCUUUUAUCCACUGUGUAAGCCAGGCUUCUGAAACGAGUUUCUCUGAAGAGAGGGAGCCCCAAUAGCAGAGCCACACUGAGGAUAUGAGUAUGGUCUCUGAC